GCCUGUUUGACUUAAAUUAGAUGUAAAAGAUCCAAUAGAAUCUAAACCGUCCAUAAAUUUCCCAAUCACUCACUAUCAACGGCUGAUAUUUUCCUCAAAAAUGAAGAAUUUCUUUUUCUUUCAACGACUCCUAAUCCCACCGUAAUCUGGAGAGUCCAAUUUGGCUGUUUAUUUAUUAUGGAAAGGAAAUAAUUCGAAGUAAGGAAUUCAGUGAAAAUAAAUUUAAAAUAAAAAUAAAAAUCAGCAGGCUAGAAGGGAGGGAAGGAAAAGCCAGGGGCUUUGCGAGAUCUCUGGCUCCCUCUUCCUGUUUUUCUCUUCGAAAAUUUACUGAAAGAAGGCUUCUUCUUUUUUCUUUUUUUCUUUUUUUUGCUUGUGAUCUUUUCUAAUGGGUUUAUUGGAAGCUUUUCUCAAUUGGCUUCGAAGCCUGUUUUUCAAGCAGGAAAUGGAGCUAUCUUUGAUAGGACUUCAGAAUGCUGGAAAAACCUCACUAGUAAAUGUUGUUGCAACUGGUGGAUAUAGUGAAGAUAUGAUCCCAACGGUUGGAUUCAACAUGAGGAAAGUGACUAAAGGAAAUGUUACAAUAAAGUUAUGGGAUCUUGGAGGUCAGCCUAGGUUUCGCAGUAUGUGGGAACGAUAUUGCCGUUCAGUUUCUGCAAUUGUUUAUGUGGUGGAUGCGGCUGAUCCAGAUAACUUGAGCAUCUCAAGAAGUGAGCUUCAUGAUUUGCUGAGCAAGCCCUCACUUAAUGGCAUCCCUCUUCUGGUACUAGGCAACAAGAUUGACAAGCCUGAAUCUCUUUCAAAACAGGCAUUGACUGAAGAAAUGAGGCUGAAGUCGAUUACUGACAGAGAAGUUUGCUGCUACAUGAUAUCAUGCAGGAACUCAACCAACAUUGAUUCUGUUAUUGAUUGGCUUGUAAAGCAUUCUAAAUCUAAGAGCUGAAAAAAACAACUCUUUCUUUUUUAUUCAAAUAAAAAAAAUAUCAUCUUUGCUGAAUCUGUGUUUUAUAAUUCGAGUUUCCCAUCUGUAAUCUUGUGGAUGUUUGGGUUUUUAUCAUUUAUGUCAACGCUUUCUGUUUUGAUGAUUUAA